GCUUCGUUCAGCCGGGAGCAGCCAGGGGAGCAGCCUGCCUUCCUUCCUCGCAGGCGCCUCCUCCUCCUCCUCCUCUCUCUCUCUGCCUUUCCUCAGGAGCGCAUGAGGGCCCCUCCCUCCCAGCCACCGGGGCUCUCUCUCUCUCGCUCUCACUCUCGCUCUGACUGUCUCUGGGGGCAUCUCCAGGGCGUCCUGUGUUGCCGCCGCCGCCGGAGAGCCGAGGGUCUCCUUCUCCUCCCUUCGCCUGGGCUGAGCUGAGGAGGAGCAGAAAGAGGAGAGCCUCCGGGGCUCAACAUGGCGAGCGAUUCUCCAGCGCGGAGCUUGGACGAGAUCGACCUGUCAGCCCUGAGGGAUCCUGCAGGCAUCUUUGAAUUGGUUGAACUUGUUGGCAAUGGAACCUAUGGACAAGUCUAUAAAGGUCGUCAUGUUAAAACAGGGCAGCUUGCAGCUAUCAAAGUUAUGGACGUCACUGGGGAUGAGGAGGAAGAGAUUAAACAAGAAAUUAACAUGCUAAAGAAAUAUUCUCAUCACCGAAAUAUCGCUACUUAUUAUGGUGCUUUCAUUAAAAAGAACCCCCCAGGAAUGGAUGAUCAGCUCUGGCUGGUGAUGGAGUUCUGUGGCGCUGGCUCUGUCACUGAUCUGAUCAAGAACACAAAAGGGAACACUUUGAAAGAGGAGUGGAUUGCUUAUAUCUGCAGGGAGAUUUUACGGGGUUUGAGUCAUCUUCACCAGCAUAAAGUAAUCCAUCGAGAUAUUAAGGGACAGAAUGUUUUGCUUACAGAAAAUGCAGAAGUAAAACUAGUGGAUUUUGGAGUCAGUGCUCAGCUUGACAGAACAGUUGGCCGAAGGAAUACAUUCAUUGGCACUCCAUACUGGAUGGCCCCUGAGGUUAUUGCCUGUGAUGAAAAUCCUGAUGCCACUUAUGACUUCAAGAGCGAUUUGUGGUCUUUAGGGAUAACAGCUAUCGAGAUGGCAGAAGGAGCACCACCACUUUGUGAUAUGCAUCCCAUGAGAGCUUUGUUCCUUAUUCCCCGGAACCCAGCCCCCAGGUUGAAAUCAAAGAAAUGGUCAAAAAAAUUCCAGUCCUUCAUUGAAAGCUGCUUGGUAAAGAAUCAUGGCCAGAGACCAACCACUGAACAGCUGAUGAAGCAUCCAUUUAUUCGAGACCAGCCUAAUGAAAGGCAAGUCCGCAUUCAGCUGAAGGACCAUAUUGAUAGGACCAAGAAAAAACGUGGAGAGAAAGAUGAAACUGAAUACGAGUACAGUGGAAGCGAGGAGGAAGAGGAAGAAAAUGACUCUGGAGAACCCAGCUCCAUCCUAAAUCUACCUGGUGAGUCGACACUGAGACGGGAUUUUUUGAGACUUCAACUUGCAAACAAGGAACGCUCAGAAGCCCUUCGUCGGCAACAGCUGGAACAGCAGCAACGGGAGAAUGAGGAACAUAAACGGCAAUUAUUGGCAGAACGGCAAAAGAGGAUUGAAGAACAGAAAGAACAAAGACGGAGGCUAGAAGAGCAGCAAAGACGAGAGAAAGAGUUAAGGAAGCAGCAGGAGAGAGAGCAGCGCCGGCAUUAUGAAGAGCAAAUGCGCCGAGAAGAAGAGAGGAGGCGUGCUGAGCAUGAGCAGGAGUACAUCAGGCGACAGUUAGAGGAAGAACAGAGGCAGUUAGAGAUCCUGCAGCAGCAAUUACUGCAGGAACAAGCUCUACUUCUGGAAUAUAAGCGUAAACAGUUGGAAGAGCAGCGCCAAGCAGAGCGUCUACAGCGGCAGUUGCAGCAAGAGCGGGACUACCUGGUCUCCUUGCAGCAGCAGCAACAGCAGCAGCAGCAACAGAGGCAAGAGCAAAGGCCAGCAGAGAAGAAGGCCCUGUAUCAUUAUAAAGAGGGGCUGAAUGCCACAGAGAAGCCUGCUUGGGCAAAAGAGGUUGAAGAACGUUCCAGACUGAACCGUCAGAGUUCUCCAGCAAUGCCUCACAAGGUGGCUAACAGGAUAUCAGAUCCUAACCUGCCUCCUCGUUCAGAGUCCUUUAGUAUUAGUGGAGUGCAGCCUGCUCGGACCCCACCCAUGCUCAGACCAGUGGAUCCACAGAUUCCACAUCUGGUCAGUGUGAAAUCCCAAGGACCUUCCUUGCCUGCCUCUCAGUCACUGCAUGAACAGCCUACAAAGGGAAUGGCUGGGUUUCAGGAGGCUCUGACGGUGACCUCUCACCGCACUGAGAUGCCAAGGCAGAACUCGGACCCCACCUCUGAAAACCCUCCUCUCCCCCCUCGUGUCGAAAAGUUUGACCGAAGUUCUUGGUUACGACAGGAGGAAGACAUUCCACCAAAGGUGCCUCAACGAACUACUUCCAUCUCUCCUGCAUUAGCUCGGAAGAACUCUCCCGGGAAUGGGAAUGCAUUAGUUCCGCGGCCAGGAUCACAGCCAAUAAGAGCAAGUAACCCUGACCUACGACGAACAGAUCCCAUAAUAGAAAACCCCCUGCAGAGGACGAGCAGUGGUAGCUCUUCUAGUUCAAGCACUCCCAGUUCACAGCCCAGUUCACAGGCAGGCUCACAGCCUGGGUCCCAAGCUGGUUCCAGUGAACGCAACCGAGCCAGAGGAAAUGCCAAGCCUGAAGGAUCACCAAUACUCCCUCAUGAGCCAGCUAAGAUAAAACAGGAGGACAGCAAAGACAUGACACGACCCAGCCGACCUGCUGAUCUUACUGCCUUAGCGAAAGAACUAAGGGAACUUCGUAUUGAGGAAACCAACCGGCCUCUGAAGAAAGUUACCGAUUAUUCCUCCUCAAGCGAGGAGUCUGAAAGCAGUGAGGAGGAGGAGGAAGAUGGGGAGAGUGAGACACAGGAUGGGACUGUGCCUGUCAGUGAUAUUCCAAGGCUUAUACCAACAGGAAUUUCAGGAAACAACGAGAGUUACAACCUAGGAUUGGUGUCAAGUCAUGGGCUUGAACCAUCCCACACGGAUACAUUUAGCAGUAUAUCAAGAGAAGGAACUUUAAUGAUAAGGGAGACGCCUGGCGACAAAAAGCGCUCUGGCCACACAGCCAGCAACGGCUUUGCUGGCCAUGUCAACCUCCCAGAUUUGGUACAACAGAGCCACUCUCCUGCAGGUACACCAACUGAGGGUCUCGGACGAGUCUCCACCCAUGACCAAGAGAUGGAUUCUGUGGCUGAAAGCAGUCGCUUCCCAGACCAUCCUGUUCCUGUUCUUCAAGGCAACAUGGAAACAAACCGGUGUAUCUCAAAGUAUGGUAUGGGAAGUAGCACAAAAGCAUCUUUCACCCCCUUUGUGGAUACCAGAGUGUAUCAGACCUCCCCUACAGAUGAAGAUGAAGAUGAUGAUGAGGAAUCUUCUGCUACUGCAUUGUUUACCAGUGAACUGCUGAGGCAAGAACAGGCCAAGCUGAAUGAAGCAAGAAAAAUUUCAGUUGUAAAUGUGAACCCCACCAACAUUCGACCUCAUAGUGACACACCAGAGAUCCGGAAAUACAAAAAGCGUUUCAAUUCAGAAAUCCUCUGUGCAGCUCUCUGGGGUGUAAAUUUACUGGUGGGGACAGAAAAUGGCCUAAUGCUGUUGGAUCGGAGUGGCCAAGGGAAAGUGUACAAUCUAAUCAACAGGAGGCGAUUUCAGCAGAUGGACGUGCUAGAAGGACUCAAUGUCCUUGUUACUAUCUCAGGAAAGAAGAACAAACUACGAGUUUAUUAUCUUUCAUGGUUAAGGAACCGAAUAUUACACAAUGACCCAGAGGUAGAAAAGAAGCAAGGCUGGAUAACUGUUGGAGAUUUGGAAGGCUGCAUACAUUAUAAAGUUGUGAAAUAUGAGAGAAUCAAGUUCUUGGUGAUUGCCUUAAAGAGUGCUGUAGAGAUAUAUGCUUGGGCUCCUAAACCAUAUCACAAGUUUAUGGCAUUUAAGUCUUUUGCAGAUCUCCAGCACAAACCAUUGCUUGUUGAUCUCACAGUGGAAGAAGGUCAGAGGUUAAAGGUCAUCUUUGGCUCACACACUGGUUUCCAUGUUAUUGAUGUGGAUUCGGGAAAUUCAUAUGAUAUCUACAUACCAUCCCAUAUUCAGGGCAAUAUCACGCCUCACGCCAUUGUCAUCUUGCCCAAAACGGAUGGAAUGGAGAUGCUUGUGUGCUAUGAGGAUGAAGGGGUGUACGUUAAUACCUAUGGACGCAUAACAAAAGACGUGGUACUUCAGUGGGGAGAAAUGCCCACUUCAGUGGCUUACAUCCAUUCCAAUCAGAUAAUGGGCUGGGGUGAGAAAGCUAUUGAAAUACGUUCAGUGGAGACAGGACAUUUAGAUGGAGUAUUUAUGCACAAGCGUGCUCAGCGAUUAAAGUUUCUAUGUGAAAGAAAUGAUAAGGUAUUUUUUGCAUCAGUGAGAUCUGGAGGAAGUAGCCAAGUUUUUUUCAUGACCCUCAACAGAAAUUCCAUGAUGAACUGGUAGCAAAAUGCACUUGGUGCUUACUUGGAUGCCAAGAUUCUUUAAUUUUAAAGGACAUUGAAACAUGUGGACUGACACUGUAGAAGCAAAUGAAGAAGACAUUGUGCAUCACGUUGCUUCCUUCCGUGAACACACCCGCUUUCACGCAGACACACUCCAAGAAUACAACACACCUGUCCUAUUGUGGUUUUGGAAUGGAGGCUUACUCAAGAUCUCAAGAAUGCUAGUGUAUUUGAGGAGAAAUUGACAAAUGCACAAGAGGAUUAGUUGAAGUAAAAUCUCUUUAAGGUUUUCAGAUUAAGCUGUGAUAGAGUCGGUUAUGAGUUUGGUUUUUGUUUUUUCCAUUAAUUUUUUUCCUGGUCCCUCUCUGUAUCAAUAGGGACAGAUCUAAGUGUCAAACAGAGUCUCUGUUUUUAAUUUUGUCUGCCUGCUAACAUCAAACAUACAGUAUGUUGUAAGGCAGACUUCCUCAGCCUGGUGUCCAGACUGAUGCAUGGAUAGUCUAUCACAUCAGUUUGGGAAAGGCUGUUGUAAGAUUACCAAUUAAAACUGGUGAGAGACAGCACAAUAAAUGUACCAUUUUAUCUUAAUGUCAGAGAUCCUAACCACAGAGGUAGCUAACUUUUGUAAAAUCUUUGCCUUUUACCAACGUUGUGUUAAAUUUUGCAGUCAGGUUGACAAAUAUCAAAUGAGAAUAUUGAUGAGAUUUCUCACCCAUUCUGGGAAAUCUGUUCUAAAUGGCUAAACCACUAGCCUUAGUUGAUAAUGCAAUCACGGUACUUAUUUUUCCCCAUUUUUGGUCAAUGUGUCACUUCAUACUUCUGUAUGGAUCUUCAUAUAAUGGUGCUCAUUGAGAGAGGAACAACAGUGCCAUCUCAGUCACUGAUUCCCAGUGUUGGCCUUAGUAUUAUCUUGCCUUUCUCUAAGCUGUAAUACGAAAAGUAUCUACUGCAAGCGAACAAAACCUAGCAGACAAAGAAGUGAAUGAAGUCAUAACAAGAUACUGAAAACUGGCAGAAGAGUGUUCAGUGACUGAGGCAUCUAACUCAGAUGCACUGAAUCUGGGUUGUACCUACUCUGUACAGUUAUACUUUACUUAUUGGGGAAGGGAAGAUCUUUGUCGAUACCAGCGGAUUUUUCUUUCCUCCAUUAAAUAUCACCGGGAGCUAACAUCAGCAUAGUUUACAAAAGGAGUCCAAAUAUUGACAGACAUUGACCCACUUCCUUUUCUGGAUAUGAAAAAUCUUCAUGAGAACUUCAUCCAUUUGUACAAGAACAGGAAUAUAGCAGGAGUGAGAGAAAGUAGAUUGGAAGGAGGGCCUCAUUGGCCAAGACUCAUAUGCUUAGAUUCAUCUUUCUGUCUCCCCCAACUGCCACCAACCUUCUUUGCUGCCCCGCCUAUAUAGUGAACACCAAUAUGUGUGCAGAAGUAUGUAUGUGUUUACUUUAGGUUUACUUGUGUCCUUAUAUGCUUUGUUCAAAUUAUUUGCAGUUUUAAGUAAGUUAUGUGCAACAUUUCUACUAUCUCCAAGCAUGGAUUUCCCCACUAGUCUGUGGAUGUAACAUAAUUGGACCAGUGUUGCUAUUUUUAACCUACCUCAUUUUAUUUUUGUUUCUAUUAGCUUUUCCUUGUUACCUCCAGUGAACACCCAGAGAGUUUGGCCAACUCUAAAAUAUUUAUUGAGAAGAAUUGAGUAAUCAGCAAUGGCUAGACAGUUUGGGUCUCUUUAAGGAUCGAGAAACGAUGGUCAUGCCGCUUGCUUCCAGUUUUUCCAUCAACUCUUAACUCUGCAUUUCCCAUCGUAUGAGCAGGUUAAUAAACAGCUGGCAGCCACAGCACAGUAGCUAAUGGGAGCAAGACUGCCAAUACAUUUGAAAAUGAAUCUGAAUCAAGUAAUGUCACUGAUUGCAUGUACAGUACCAGAGCCUCUGCAUGGGAGCUGUCACACUUAGCCCAAUUGUGGGAUCUCUGAAAUAAUUUUUACAUCUGUGUCAUUCACAGAGACUGCACAUAUUGCCCCCAUGUACAGAUAUGAUCCCAGAUAGAUUGUAAGCCCAACAGCAGCCUAUGAAGCACUCAGAGGCAUCCAGGGCCCAGCAUCUGUAUAAAUCAAUAGUAUCAAGCCAGAUUUCCAAACAGGAUACACAUGAUUGAUGAGGGAGCUAGCUGCCCUUUCCCUUGUUGCUUUCAUUCUUUGUAUGUUCCACCAGAAAGGGGUCUACAUUGGACACCCACCUACAGCACUACCUCACUGCUUAAUGCUGGUGGAAUACAGGAUCAGAUAAACCUUCAGGCUAAGCAUGCUGUAGCUUGCCCUCUCUAGUCCAGGUUUCUUUAAACUCUUCUAUUGUUUACUGGCCUUUCCCAGAAUAGAAUGUGGCCAGAAGAAUCAGUGGCCAUCUUUUCUAGUUACUGAGAAAUGUAUCAGUUUUGCUUCAUGCCUUUAAAAAUAGUCUAAAAAGUGGAGCUGUUUCAAAGACUCAAUCCGCCUACUUCCCACUCCAAAUGGCAUGGAUUCCUAGCAAGACAACUUGUAACGUCUGUUCUUAACUAUGUUCAUGAAAGGGAUAAUUAGGCUUUAGUUUUUUGACUGAUAGCCCUAUUACAGUAAUUCAGCCUCUUAAGAGCAAAUUUGUACCAUCACCUAACUUGCAGCAAGUGUUCAUCUGUGCACAAUGAAAAUAUGUAAGUAACUUCUGAAACAGAUUCUGAUCUCAUAGUUUCCCAAAACUUACACAUUGAGUGCACUAUUGUCAGCAUCCUUUGUCCUGAAUAAGCCUUUAAAAAUGGAUUGAUGACUGAAUAUAAAUGGGUCCCAUUCAUAAUGUAGGGUUCCCCAGGAAAACAUUGAGUGCGAAAGGUCCUUAUGGAUCUUCCUCACCCAUAUUUUUAUGAUCAAAAUACAAAAGAAAGCAAGUGAAACACACUUUUAUUUUAACUAUGUGUGUCAUUCACUGCGACUGGUUUUAUGGCCACUUUCUUCCAUAGGAAAAUGCAAGACAGACAACACCUAUUUAAGUAAAUGCUUGCCUACACAUCACCUUGCAAUAUAUAUUUGCCUAAUUUUGUAUGUAGUCGUCAGUGAUAUUGGCAUUACUGUAGCAUCUGGCAAAAGCGGAAGGUAAAGCCAACUGCCAGCAAACAAUCCUGCCUAUGCUGGAUUUGAACAGCAUUUUCUCAAAGAAUGCCAAUUACAGUACAGGGCUUAUUGUAGACUUGCCCAGUAGUGUGUCAAGCCUGCUAACUCAGUGAGAAUGAAUGUUCCUUAGAAUGGUGAGCCCCUGUGCCUUCAUUACUCACCAUGAAUUUGUCAAAACUUGAACAGAAGGGUAACCUUAGCACUGCUGUCCUGGCUAGCUCUCUGAUUUCAGCCUGUUUGUUAGAGGUUCAAAUCCAACUGUACUUGUGUUGGCUCCUUGGUUCAGUCAGGGCUUCUGAAUAUAUGAAGCCUACAGAAAUGCAAUUGCCUCCCCUACAAAGCCAAAUAUACAGAUGUUGGGGGUACAGACUAGGUUGAUGGAUGCAGAACACACAAAUACAGUGGACAAGGGUGUCUUCCUGCUCCCCUUCCACACAUCAGCUCCCUAUGCAGAUCUCUUUUAACACCAUAAGAGGGCUCUAGAUACAUUCUAGCACAAGAUAUAGCCCUUACCUUUCAUGGCAGAACUAACAGAAAGCUAUUUCAGGAGUUGGAUAUUUAUAUUUGCAAAAUUGUGGAGGGCAGAUGCAAAGUAAAAGCCAUCUGCCCACCAUUGCAAAAAGAGAAACAAACUAAAUGCACACACAGAAUCAUUUUCUGGAGGAAAUGUUAUAGCCUUGCCAUAGUUAAAUGAAUAGGACAGACAGUCUGACUGAAAUUUUCAUUCACAUUUAAACCCAGAGCUGCUAGUCAAGGAUCAGAAGCAUCUCAUGUCUUCCUAGGCCAAAAAACUGAACGGCUGAGGUCAGUGACACCACCACUACUCCUCUGUUAGUGGCUUAAAUGAGAUGCAAAAUACUCUGGAUCCCCUCUUGUUCACUGCCAACUUCCAGCAGUCCAAGCAUUACUGGACAUUUUGAGACCAAGGAUAUAUUUAAGUGGAACUCUCUUAUGAGAAUGUCUUAAGACACACACACACACUUUUAUUUUCCAACUCCAUCCUACUGUUGUCAUUUGAUGGUUGUUCCAUGCCAGAUGAGUUCAACUAAAAUGCAACAACUGGACAAAAAAGUCCCUGUUUUCUGAGUACACUUUUUAAAACUACUGUCUCCUUAACUGGUUUAUGUUCCCAUUAUAUUCCUUGUGUUUUCUUUCUACUGCUGUAAUGAGAGGACCAUAUGAAGAAAAAAAUGUAUAUUCAGUACAUCCAAUUGAGCAAUAACAUUUCCAACUCAGUUAAGCCACUAGUUGUAACUGCUGGGGACUGGUUAUGGGUAAGAGCAAGCUUCAUGGCAAAAGCCAACUGCCACCAGCUCUUUUAUGUCUUUGCUGUGGUUACCUUUGAAACCGGAAGCUUCUUAAUAAAUUAUGUUGAAAACCUAAAUAAUGUAUUUGUCUUAAUUUUCUGUCCUUAAAUCUGA